AUGGAUCGAGACUCAUCUGGAUUGGGUGUCAAACUAUUGGCGGCAGAAGUGAACGACUCGGAGCAUGGCCCGCUCUGUAGCCGCUGCGAAAAGGCCAUCACUGGGGAAACAUCGUCUUCGAGGUUCUCACGUUUUAAGCUACUGCUAGUCUUUUUUCUGUGCCAGAUUCCUAUUCUGUGUCUGAGCUUCCUUGCUUUUCAUACCUUUCAGACCAAAACUGGGGACACAUCCCAAGGCAUCGACCAGCAGGACUACUUUACUCUCGAGAACUACAACACCACUGAAAAGCUUUACAACAUCGUCGACGCCGCCGAUAGGUCGCCUGAGGCAGACGCAUUUUGGCACGAAAUGCAAAAGACGGAUGGAAUAGUCGCAGUCCACAGCGAAUGGGCAAAGCAAAAUGGCCUCCCAGCCACGGUUGCUUACCCUGACGACUCGGAUUACAAGGUUUACCAAAUCAACGUCUUUCACGCGCUCCAUUGUUUGUACCGCAUCAGAAACAGGCUUACGUCAAAGAUCCCGCUCGAAAAAUGGCCUCGCAACGACAUCCACACCAUGCACUGCGUAGACCACAUCCGGAACGACUUGAUGUGCCACGCCGACAUCUCGCUCUCAGGGUCAGACGAGUACGUUUCCUUCAACUCGCAUAGCCACCACCAGAAAUGCAGGGACUUGGGCGCCCUACAGAAAUGGGCGAAACAGCACGGCUGGGUUGGGUAUAAGGAGUACUUGGAAGGUGAUGUCGGAUAUGAUCCGAUCGAGGCGGAGCGUGUGAACAUGGCCACAGCCGGUAAGGGGCAUUGGAAUAAGGCGCAGAGCAAACUUGAUAAGGAGACUGGGAAAAUUGAACUUUGGUUUGAGGAAGAUUGA